AUGUGUGAUUCCAAUAGUCAGCAUGGGGGAAUUGGCAAGACUACCCUCACUCAACUUGUAUACAAGGACAACAGUGUGAAGGAGCAUUUUGAUCUUCAGGCAUGGGUUUGUGUUUCGGAUGAGUUUGAUGUGUUCAAGGUAAUGAAAACAAUUCUAGAGGAAGUAAGUUCGGCUACUAUUUCUGAUAGUAAGAAUCUAAAUCUGCUUCAACUUACAUUAAAUGAGAAAUUGAAGGGGAAGAAAUUUUUACUAGUUCUAGAUGAUGUUCGGAAUGAGAAUUCUACUGAUUGGGAAAUGUUAAGCACUCCAUUUAAAGUUGGGGAACAUGGAAUUGUGGUCAUUGUAACAACACGCACCGAUGAUGUUGCAUCAAUCAUGCAUACUAUUCCUACUCAUCGUCUAAAGACGUUACUGGAAGAAGAUUGUUGGUUACUAUUUGCAAAACAUGCAUUCGGCAUUAACUCCGAUGCACAUUCAAAGCUAGAAGUAAUAGGUAGGAAAAUUGUGAAAAAGUCUAAAGGUCUACUUUUAGCGGCCAAGACAAUUAGAAGUCUCUUGCAGGCUUUGAACUUCUCGAUUUGUGGAAGGUAA